GACUCACACACAAACACGUUCUAUUUUCAUUUUUAUGGCAAUAAAUAAAAACCCCACAAAAAAGAUAUAAUUCACCACCCUAUUUUUUUCUCUGUAAAUUGCGGAGGUUCUGCGCUUGUUUUUUGAAUUGUAAGGAACAAACAAGGGAGAGAAAGAGAGAGAAAAAAAGAGAGAGAGAGAGAGAAAGCGAGAGUAGUCAGUCCUAUGCUAGGGGGAUUAAGCAGCUCAGGAGAUGCAGCAAUAUCAGCUGCCGGAGCUCAACAUGACGGUGGUGAUACGGCGGGAGGUGGUGGUUAUGGUGGUGGAGGAUCAAAUUCAGGAGAUGAUGAAAGAGGGGGUGGAAAUAGAAGUGAAGAGGGUGUAGAUAGAAGUUUUGGUGGAAAUAGAUGGCCAAGAAAUGAAACUCUUGCUUUGUUGAAGAUAAGGUCAGAAAUGGAUGUUGCUUUUAGAGAUGCAAGUGUUAAAGGUCCCUUAUGGGAAGAAGUUUCAAGGAGAAUGGCAGAAUUUGGGUAUCAAAGAAACUCAAAAAAAUGCAAAGAAAAAUUUGAAAAUGUUUACAAGUAUCACAAAAGAACCAAAGAAGGAAGAGGUGGAAAAUCAGAUGGUAAAACUUAUAGAUUUUUUGAUCAAUUACAAGCCCUUGAAAAUAACCCUUCAAUUCAAAUUCAACCAUCACCAACACCUUCAAAAUUACCACCGCCACAAUUGAAUAACAGUACUUCAUCACUACCCUCACAAUCAUUACCAAUUUCAACCACAUCAACAACAACAAUGCCAUUGCUAUUCCCACCCCCCUUGUUAAACACUACACCCCCUUCUACUAUUCCAUCAACAAUUACAACUACACUUCCAAUUUCUUCACCUCAAAUUCAAGGCAUUGUCAACACUCCAUCAAUUAACCUCACAAACCCUACAUAUUUUCCAACAACAACAACAACGAAUCCUGAUCUUCCCCAAACCAUCACACCACCUUCUUUGUUCCCGAACAUCUCCACCGAUUUGUUCUCGAACUCAAGUUCUUCUUCAACAUCUUCAGAGGAAACAACGACAACGGCCGAAGGGGGAAAUCGGCGAAAGCGAAAGAGAAAAUGGAAGGAUUUCUUUGAGAGACUAAAGAAAGAGGUUGUUGAGAAACAAGAGGAACUUCAUAAGAGAUUCUUAGAAGCUAUUGAAAAAAGAGAUAACGAGAGAGUUAAAAGAGAAAUAACUUGGAGAUUGCAAGAGAUGCAAAGGAUCAAAAGAGAAAGAGAAGUUCUUGCACAAGAAAGAUCCAUUGCUGCUGCUAAAGAUUCAGCUGUCAUGGCCUUUUUGCAAAAGUUUGCUGAACAACAAAAUCAAGAACAACAGCAUCAACAACAAAAUCUUGUUCCUCCAUUGAACAACAAUACCAACAUUCCACAACAAGAGCCACAAGCAACUACACCAAUGUCAAUGUCAAUGCCAACACCCCAACAAAUUCAAGUUCAAAUUCCAACUUCAUCAAUGAAACAAACAACACCUGUUAUUCCUCAAGCUCCGCCAUUGACAACGACACUGACACUGACAUAUCAACAGCAGCAGCCGGAGCCGGCAAACAAUAUGGAAAUGAUAAUUAAAAAUGACAACAAUGGUGAGAGUAAUUUAAUGCAACCAAGUUCAUCAAGGUGGCCAAAAACUGAGGUUGAAGCAUUGAUAAAGAUGAGAACAAGUCUUGAUACAAAGUAUCAAGAAAAUGGACCUAAAGGGCCAUUAUGGGAAGAGAUUUCAGGGCUGAUGAAGAAAUUGGGGUACAAUAGGAAUGCAAAGAGGUGUAAAGAGAAGUGGGAGAACAUCAACAAGUAUUUCAAGAAAGUGAAGGAGAGCAACAAGAAAAGGCCUGAAGAUUCAAAGACUUGUCCUUAUUUUCAUCAACUUGAUGCUCUAUAUAGAGAGAAGAACAAGGGAGAUAGUCCGGGUGUGGUUUCGAGGCCCGAGGGAUCGAUGAUGAUACCGUUGAUGGUGCGGCCCGAACAACAAUGGCCUCCACAACAACAACAUCCGCCUCUAGUAACUGGGACGGAUGUCGUCAUGGAGGAUGCUGAGAAUGACCGGCCGCACCGGAAUGAAGAAGAGUAUUAUGAUGACGACGACGAGGAUGAUGAAGGGAGUGAUAAUUAUGUAGUGGUGGCCAACAAACCACCACCAGCUCAAUAAAAAGAUUGCAUGAAUUAAUGUAAAAAAAAGGCGGUUUGCGGCGACGAAGAGGGUGAUUACGACGGUGGUGGGUUGUUAAAUUUUUUGAAUAUAUACAUAAGGGUGUGAGAGGAAUCUUAAAUGGAAGAACUUGGUACAUGGUGUACUAUUGUCAGUAAGAAUUAUAUGUCUUUUUCUUUCAAAACGGAAAUAAUUAAAUUAUAUUUUGAGAAAAAUAAAUAAGUUAAUGAGAGAGGUGUGAAUUUAAUAUAAUUAAAGAAAGAGGUUAAGACAAAAUGAAUAAUAGAGGAAGAAACCUUAAAUGAAUAAUGUUAUUUAUUUAAUGUACUGUUAAUUUUUUUCUUUUUAAUGUUUAAGGUGGUGUAAAUGGAAGAAACCAUUGUUUAGGGGGUUUAUUUUAAUUUUUCUUAUUUACAUUUAAUUAUUUCUUUUUUUGUUGAAA